AUGGGAGCGGGCGAUAUAUCUGUCGACCCGAGUCCACAAGAGGCGCAGCACCAAGAGAACAACUCGGAGUCGUUCCCACACAACGUAGACGAUGCUGCAGGCGAAAGUGCAUAUGCCGUAAAGCAAGACGAUGCACCUUUGACCAUACCUCUGGGACACCAAACGAGCACAAGUAGUCUUCUCACAUUGCCUCAGAUGCGCAAACUUGUGGGUGACUAUCCCGAGGAGUUCAUUUUCCUUGUCGAAGAGAAUCGGCCCCGACCAUUAUCAUUUCAGUACGACGGUGGUGACGAUGAUGAUUUCGAAGAUGUUCAAGUGAUUAUCGAGAGGACUCUCGCCGACGAGUAUUUUGAACGAUACUUAACUCUAGUUCAUCAAUUUCGACCCAUGUUUGAGCUGGAUGAUUUGAGAGCACGAUACGAAAAGACGAUGGAUAAUGGCCUGGAGAAAAAUCUACAAUCUGCGUUGUUUUUGCCUAUUCUUGCCCUCGGAGCCACUGCACUGGACCCAGUUGACCGUAGCAGAGUCAAGUAUUCCGGUGAUAUGCUUACGAAGAUGGCUCUUCGAAUACUAUUCCCAUCCUGGGCUGUCAGUUUCAAAGGUGAUCUGGUUCUUUCCCAGGCGCUCACCCUCUGCGCACUCUACUUCUGUUACGUCGUCGAGCCUUUGACGGCUUGGAAGCUUGUACACAUGGCUUCCACGAGCAUCCAGCAAAUAAUUUGCAGGCGUAGAGAACACUUACCCCCCGAUAUCGACCAAGAUGUAAUUAGAACUAGUUGGGUCUGCUUCUUGAUCGAGUGUAACAUUCUUGCCGAGUUCCAUCAACCAAGAAGUGGCAUCGAAAUGGUUGUCGAUAGGAUGUCCCUUCCAAGAUACGGUCCUACAUUUACAACGGAGGGCUUAUUCUGCCUCGCCGAUAUUUCGGCCCGGUUGCUGCUCAAUCGAAUUCAUCACGCCAUCUACUUUACCGACAGUCUCAGUAUAUACGCCGGCCUUCGGCAAGGUUUGUAUACGAUGAGUACGUCUGAUCCGGAUAUAUCACUUUUAAGAGUUUGUGAGGAGCUUGAUCGUCAGCUUGAAACAUGGUACAAGGCACUGCCCGAGGCUAUCAAGCCGGACCUUUCAGGCGCUUCGGGGAAUAGCAUACAAGCAUGUGUCUUGCGACUGAGAUACUGGUCUGCAAAACACAACAUCUAUCGACCAUUUAUAGUGUUCGUAACCUCUCAGCUUGCAGAGGAGUCCGAGAUUGGCGUGCAUCGGGUGAUUCUUGACCGAUGUGAGACCUGUCUUUCUGCCUGUCGUAUGUUCUUGUACAGUGCCGGUUACGUACUUUCGCAGAGAACGCCAUACACGUUUAGCUCGGCACAGUGCGUUCUGGGCUUUUCACUUGUUGUCGCUCUUGCAGCUCAGACCCCAACCCUUGCUAAGCUUGUUGGAGACAUAUCAAAUCUACUGGAGACUGCGAUUGGCCUCUUAACUCCGUGGGCACUGCCGAAUUCGAGCUUAGAAUGCGGCCUCGAAAUUGUCACUUCUAUACACAGAAAGUUGCGAGUGCAACCAUAA